AUCAUCCGAAUAUUUACAGCAUGUAAUGUUGCUGCUGUUCUCAAACCAUGAAGGCUAAACGGAAGAUUCUCCAGCUCAGAGCCUCAGACAUUCAUUGAAACCAGGAGAGAGAGAGAGGGAGCAGAAAGAGAGAGAGAGAGAGAGGGAGAGAGUCCACGCAAGCGCGCAAAGAAGAGAUUGGACACCUGAUUUCGUGGGGUGUCUUUACAGACGCUAUUUCACAUUUUAGUCCCGUGUUUUCUUUGAAAAAAAAGACUGUCUGUGCAGCGGGGGCAGACACCGUGGAUUACCGUCAGCAUGGGCAAACGGGGAAAAGAGGACAGAUCGCCGCGUUGACUUCUGAAGCAACGCGCACAGUCCUGACGCUAUAGCGUUACGCAUUUAUUUUACUGUGAGUGCUUCUUCGCCCCCCCACCUCUCCGUCUCUCCAUCCCCCUGUUUGAACCGUACCGCAUCUCAGCCUCAUAAAAGUCAAAUAUCUGAGGAUAAGGAAACAGAGCAGGGGUGUUGUCAGAGAGGGAUGAGAGGAGGAGGAGGAGGGAGGCAGUAUGAGGUGUGCUUUUUUUGGAAAAGCCGGAGAAAGACGGACACCGAGAAGGUGUACUGAUGUGCGCGAGCCUGCGACGCGUUGCCCUCCUGAGAAAUAAUUGCGAUCCGGGAAGAAAUGGCCUAGUUAAAAAAAAAAAAAAAAAGAUUAUCCGGCACGCCGACAGAGGAUAGAAGAGAAGAAUCGUGUUUGGAUGGACGGCCGUCACCAUCGUCAUCAUCUUAAUUCCGGUGCUCGCAUCGCGUCUUUUUAGGUUUAAUUGGCGUCCCAACUGCAGCUUUGGACCCAUUAGGAGUUCCUAAAAGGAAGACGGAUGAGACCAGAGAGUCACUCUGAGAAUGCGACCCGUCCCACAGCCUCACCAUGUCAGCCUAGGAGCUCUGUUAACCCGUCCCCUUCCUCCACUCCUUGUUUCGCCUUCCUAUGACCCGCUGAGUUUGUGAUCCCCCUCCUCUGCUCCCAGCUUAAGUCCCAGUGAUAUGAGUACAAGAGCUUUUCUUUUGGACAUGUUGUUUUUUCCGUUUCAUGCCGCCAGCCACCACGGCUACGGUGGCAAGCGUCAUUGCACUUCUCAGCAGGUCGCCAAUCACUGUCUGGUGUGGCUUUGGGGACUCGUGCUGCACUUGACCCUUUCCUCAUGUCAGCGAGUUGACCUGAAAUACCCCAUCGUGUCCACCAGUUACGGAAAGGUCCGCGGGAUCAGGAAGGAGCUCAACAACGAGAUCCUGGGCCCGGUGGAGCAGUAUUUAGGCGUGCCAUAUGCCACAGCACCUGUCGGCGAGCGACGCUUCCAGCCCCCCGAAGCCCCGGGCUCCUGGCAGGAGAUCCGCAACGCCACCCAAUUUGCCCCCGUGUGCCCUCAGAACGUGCACGGGGUUUUGCCCGAGAUCAUGCUCCCGGUGUGGUUCACAGACAACCUGGACGCCGCAGCGACGUACGUCCAGAACCAGAGCGAGGACUGCCUUUACCUCAACAUUUACGUGCCCACUGAAGACGGUCCGCUCACUAAAAAACAAGACGAGUCUACAAUGAACAGACCCAGGGAUGAAGAUAUUCGGGAUCGUCGCAAGAAGCCGGUGAUGCUGUUCAUCCACGGGGGCUCCUACAUGGAGGGCUCAGGGAACAUGUUCGACGGCAGCGUCCUCGCCGCCUAUGGAAGCGUGAUCGUGGUCACCAUGAACUAUCGCCUCGGCGUGCUCGGCUUUCUGAGCACCGGGGACCAGUCUGCGAAGGGGAACUAUGGCUUGUUGGACCAGAUCCAGGCUCUGCGCUGGCUCAAUGAAAACAUUGGCCACUUUGGAGGAGACCCAGAGAGAAUCACCAUCUUUGGCUCGGGAGCCGGUGCUGCCUGUGUGAACCUCCUCAUCCUCUCCCACCACUCUGAGGGCCUGUUCCAGAGGGCCAUCGCUCAGAGUGGCUCGGCAAUCUCCAGCUGGUCGGUCAACUACCGGCCGCUGAUGUACACCAAGAUCCUGGCCAAGAAGGUGGGCUGCACGCUGGGGGACAUGGCGGAGCUGGUGGACUGCCUGCGGAGGAAGAGUUUCCGGGAGCUGGUGGACCAAGACAUCCAGCCUGCUCGCUACCACAUCGCCUUCGGGCCCGUGGUGGACGGGGACGUGGUGCCGGACCACCCCGAGAUCCUCAUGCAGCAGGGGGAGUUCCUCAACUACGACAUAUUGCUGGGUGUCAACCAGGGAGAGGGGCUGAAGUUUGUGGAUGACAGUGAAGGAGAGGACGGAAUAUCCGCCGCCUCAUUUGACUACACGAUCUCCAACUUUGUGGACAAUCUGUACGGAUACCCAGAAGGUAAAAAUAUCCUGAGGGAAACCAUAAAAUUCAUGUACACGGACUGGGCUGACAGGGACAACAGUGACAUGCGUAGGAAGACCCUCCUGGCUCUGUUCACGGACCAUCAGUGGGUGGCCCCGGCUGUCGCCACUGCCAAGCUGCAGGCCGAGUUCCAGUCGCCUGUCUACUUCUAUACCUUCCACCACCACUGUCAGACCGAGGCCAGGCCGGACUGGGCCGACGCCGCCCACGGAGACGAGAUCCCCUAUGUGUUCGGGAUUCCCAUGGUGGGAGCCACCGACCUCUUCCCCUGCAACUUCUCCAAGAACGACGUCAUGCUCAGCGCUGUGGUCAUGACGUACUGGACCAACUUUGCCAAGACAGGGGAUCCAAACCUACCAGUUCCUCAGGACACCACCUUCAUCCACACUAAGCCUAACCGGUUUGAGGAGGUCAUCUGGACCAAAUUCAGCUCCAAAGACAAGCAGUACUUGCAUAUCGGUCUGAAGCCCCGAGUCCGAGACAACUACCGUGCCAACAAGGUGGCCUUUUGGCUGGAGCUCGUGCCACAUCUCCACAACCUCCACGAGAUACUCGUCAACCCCAUCACCACCCGAAUGCCGCCGGGAGGCACCAUCCACAAGAAGCCGCGCCCGACUCCCGGCACCCUGUCCACACGACACCCCAUAAUGUCCACCUAUCCGCCGGAUCCCGAGCCGGACGGUUCGGAUCGGCCCCCGUACACUCCUCCGUUCCCCGACGAGACGAGGGACUACUCCACCGAGCUGAGCGUGACGGUGGCCGUGGGCGCCUCUCUCCUGUUCCUCAACGUGCUGGCCUUCGCCGCACUUUACUACAAACGGGAUAAACGUCACGAACUCAUGCAGAGACGCCACCGCCGGCUCUCCCCGCAGCGCGGCACGACAAUGGGCAUGGGCGUCGGCAUGGGCGUCAUCGGCGCCCCGCCGCACAACGAUUUGGCGCUGACUCAGGAGGAGGAGCUGAUGUCUCUGCAGAUGAAGCAGCAGAGGGUGGAGCUGGAGCACGGGACGCCGCUCCCCUCGCGCGGCGUCCACGGAGACCUGGAGCCGCUGCGGCCCCCCGUGUGCCCGCCCGACUACACGCUGGCCCUGCGGAGGGCGCCGGAGGAUGUGCCACUGAUGACAGCCAACACCAUCACCAUGAUCCCCAGCACCAUCAGCAGCAUGCAGCCCCUCCACCCUUUCAACACUUACCCUCCCGUCCCGGCGCCGUCCACCACACCCGUCCCCAGCCACAGCAACAAUGCCCUGCCACACCAACACUCCACCACCCGUGUAUAGGACCAGGCACAAGCUCUGCUACCCCACUCUGGGCUUUCAGAGAUGCACCACACAAACUGCUCCAUACAAACUCCACUCUUUAAACCUUCUAUACUUUACGAUGUUUUUUUUUGUUUUGUUUUGUUUUGUCUUUUCUCAUUAAGCCCUCAAUUAAAGCUGCAGUUUGUAAGACGUGAAGCGGUGGAAUACCUCUAAACUGUAAUCAUAACUCGAGAAGGACUGGGAUUAAUGAGCUCCAUUGCUAAAAAGCCUGUCAUCCUAGAAACACACUGCUUAUUUUAUCAAAUGUCUUUUGGGUGUUUGGUUCUUGGGAGAGCAGCCACACAUGCAGCUUUAAGCCCGGAGCUCUUUCAGAAGCUGAUCGCAAUCAGUCAGACAUCUAAUGUGCAGCUUGGUUGUUUUGCGCAUGUGUUGUCGUGUCAGUGCAAAACUAUGUUUAACAUAGAGUACAAACAUUCACUUUCAUUCAUUUAGUAGAAGAAGAAAAAAAAAAGGAGAAUACAGAAGUGAACAGCUUUGUGUGUGGCAACAUAUGUCCCGACAAGCUGUCUGUCGUAAAGCGCUGAUUUUGUCAAACUUACAAAUUGCAGCUUUAAAGGCCCAAUCUGGAAGGGAAAUUUGGCACCCUGUGAUGAGCACUAUGUCCCAACAGCUGUCUCUGCAUUGUGGCUUUGGAGAUUAUUGUUUACUGUGAAAUGUAUUGACAGGGCUAGGAGCACAAGGAUGAGCGCUAGUUGACAGCGGCGCAUGAUUUCUUUUCAUUCUGCGACUUCAUCUCUUCUAUCCGCAAAAUGUACGUGUCUGUUAGUUUUGGUUACGACGCCACCGAACAUUCUGCUUCAAAAGAGGAAAAUAAAGUAUUUGUGAUGCGCCGGUGCCGAUUUCAAAACUUUUCCAGAUUGGGGCUUCAACUGUCGGGCGGGUACAGGAGAAAUAAUCGAAUCCUACACAGUCUGUAGGAUGCAACCUGGAAUCCAGGCUGCCCAUUACAACUCGCUGCAUCUCCGCCUCACACACUCACUAAUCACGUCCAUUACUUUAUUUGUCUCCCGCUCAUUAUCUCUCUGUCUGGAUUCCCACCUCAGCUCAUUUACCCGCUUCCCGUUUUCCGCUGCCUCGCGCUCUUUUCUCGCUCCACAUCUGCCCUUGUAGCUCUUUUUAUUAAAAC